AUGUCACAUCUGCACGGGCAUUACGCUGUCAAGGCCAACUGGAGGAACUUCCUCACCAACCACUUCGUGUUGACCAGCCCCAUGUUCAACGAAUCCUCAGGCUUGCUUGGCCUCAGCUUCUCCUAUCACAUGUACAUACCCUUGAACGUCUUUGUCAGCGAGUUGUGGCUUCAGUGCUGGACGGCUGAAAAUGGCUGGGACACACUGUGGUCGAGAUCGGGGCCUCAGCAGGAAAACGCUUCAAUUCCUUGGCUGAGCGCCCAAGUAGUUGUCCCUCUAAGGGCAAGGGUCCUUCGGUUUGUGGGCACAACUGGUGAUGUUGCCGUGGACAAUGUGGUAGCGGCAACUAUCACGCCUCUUGAGUUCGCCAGCCUCAGUUGCGACUUCGAGACGGAUCUAUGUUUGUGGACCAACACAGCUUCAACGCUCUGGACCAGGACAUCUGGGUCCACGCCGAGUCCAGGCACUGGUCCAGAAGCCGCAGUCGAAGGCUCUUACUACAUGUAUGCGCAGGCCGACGGGGCUGCCAACAAGCAGUACAUGCUGACCAGCCCUGCGUUCAACGAAUCCUCGAGCUUUCGUGCCCUGAGCUUCUCCUAUCACAUGUACGGCAGCAGCAUGGGCAAAUUGGAGCUCCAGUACUGGACAGCAGAAAAUGGCUGGGACGCUCUGUGGUCCAGAUCGGGGCAGCAGCAGGAUUCUUCCUCAAGUGCUUGGCUGAGCACUCAAGUUGAAGUGCCUCUGCAGGCGGGGUUGCUUCGAUUUGUGGGCACAACUGGAAGCGACAGCGAGGGUGACAUGGCCGUGGACAAUGUGGUGGCUGCAACUAUCACACCUGUUGAGUUCGCCAGCCUUAGCUGCGACUUCGAGACGGAUCUAUGCUUGUGGUCCGAUACG